AGGGAACGCGUUUCACGUUUUAUUUCUGAUAAGCUUAAACAAAAAUGCAUACGAAUAAUACCUGCGUGUGCAUUUCUCAAGCUCAUUCACGGGAUCUGUCCUGAAAAGUAACCAAAGAGCGCCUAAUCUCUUCUAUAAGGGAUGAAAGUCCUGUUACCAGCAGAAUACCAAACUAGUGCAGUGACGCAGUUACUGCGUCUAAGCGCCGACUGGAAGGAAGGAAGGACAAGCAGGAAUCAGCUUUGGAAAAAAACACUUUAAACUCCUGCAAACCAACGAUGCGCUGCUUUGGAAGCGUCUGAAAUUUCUCAGUCUUAACACCAAGGGUAAGAUCAGCGUCCUGCGCUUCAAGUCCAUCCCUUCCGGAAACAUGAGUUCUUCCUCUCCCCUGUCGUCGCGGACGUCCAUUGACAUCCUCGAGGAGCUGCAGGCGAUUGCGGCCAAGAACUUGGAGAAGCUGGAGGUCAACAAAUACUAUGAGGUCAUCCGGGAACUCGGAAAAGGGACCUACGGCAAGGUGGACCUCGUGAUCCACAAAAUCAGAGGCACGAAGAUGGCCCUGAAAUUCCUCAGAAAGAAAACUACCAAGCUGAAGAGCUUCCUGAGGGAGUACAGCAUCUCCCUGUACCUAUCCUCUUUCCCCUACAUCAUCAAUAUGUUCGGCAUCGCCUUUGAGACGGAUGAGUACUAUGUCUUCGCCCAGGAAUACGCCCCGGCAGGCGAUCUCUUCGACAUCAUUCCUCCACAGGUAGGUCUUCCGGAGAUUGUGGCCAAACGCUGUGUUCACCAGGUGGCCGUGGCCCUCGACUACCUGCACUUCAAGAAGCUGGUGCACCGCGACAUCAAGCCAGAGAACAUCCUGAUCUUCGACAAGGAGUGCCGCAAGGUGAAGUUGUCGGACUUCGGCAUGACGCGCCGGGCCGGCUCGCCGGUCAAGCGAGUCAGCGGCACCAUCCCCUACACGGCGCCAGAGCUGUGCGACGCUUCCAAGCACGAGGGCUUCUGCGUGGACUACAGCACCGACGUGUGGGCUUUCGGUGUGCUCCUCUUCUGCAUGCUCACCGGGAACUUCCCCUGGGAGAAGGCCCUGCCCUCUGACACCUUCUACGAGGAGUUUGUGCGGUGGCAGCGCCGCCGGGGCGGCUCGGUGCCCUCGCAAUGGCGGCGCUUCACGGACGACGCGCUCCGCAUGUUCCGCAAGCUGCUCUCCAUCGAGCAGGACCGCCGCUGCCCCGUCAAGGAGGUCUUCAACUACUACAACCACUGCUGGAUGCUAGACAACGAAAGUGGCGGUGCCAGCGGUCACCCCGGCACCGAGAUCAGCCCGUCCUCCUCCGAAGAGGACUUGCUUGUGGACCGCAUGAAGCAGCAGACACUGUCGCCCCCGUGUGGCGUGGCAAAGGGCAGCGUUGUCAUGGAGCCAGCAGCCCACCACUUUUCCUCCGUGUCCACCAAUGGCUCACUCUCCCCCCCCGGCAGCUACGAGCGCGUCUCUCGUGACAGUGCCCCUGGUGGCCGCAUUCUGGUAGCGACGCCGAUAGAGAUAUGUGUGUAGGGUGCCGGCGUCGAAAUUGCUGACUGCUUUGUCCCUCGUCGUUACUACUCUCUCUUACACAUGCUUAAACUAUCCUUAGAAUUAAAAAAAUUAUAAUUAUAAAUUAUUGGAAAACAAUAGUAUUAAUUUAGGAUCUUUCUGUGGGGAAAAAAAUGUUAAAAUUAGUGAUUGUGGCUGCUGUUUGGCGAUCUGAUCCCCAGAUGACUCUUGUUGCUGUUCAGCAGAGGGUGGCUUCAUGUGGACAAAAUUUCAACUGAGGGCUUUUAACUAACAUUCCUAAAGAUGCUGCUGGGCCUCACAUGCUCCGCCACUCCCAGAAGAUACUUCCUCACCCUUAAGGUGUGACCCGCUCUGCAGACAUCCCACCUCGCCAUCAGGCUGAACAGAAAUAAAACCAACGUAGGAGGGAAGGGAACCACACCGAGGUAAUCAGAGAGCUAGUUGUGCUACAAACUAGCUAGCUUGGUUACCUGUGAGGAGUCGACCAAAUCUCUUAAAGCAAUAUGUUUAUCAUUUUCCUGCAAAACAAAUUGAAUAACAUGAAAAAAAUAUUUUAAGAAACACGAGUGAAAAAUCUAAAAAGGAGUUAUACAUUUGAGCAUUUCAGGAGAAACUAGGUGACACUGAAAUGAAGAUACAUUGCAACAAAUUAUUUUAUCCGUAUUUUUGAAGCUGUUACUGAUGCAGCACCGUAAAACAUGCCAUCACAAUGUUUCUUGAGGGAAAAAAACGCAAACAACAGUUUAAUUUACUAUGACCUUUACUGUAAAUGCGAUGUGGUUCGUGGUACUGAGCGUGCGUGAAUUUCCUUAUUUUCUGUAUGUAUGAAUCGUACCUUUUCCAGGGUACUAUGGAUUGACCACUUUUUUUCUUGCCUUUGGGUUUACAUUAUUUAUUUGAAUCCUAAAUUAACAGAAAUAUAUUUUUUCUAUUGAUUUUGUAAAGUAGCUUUAGAUGUUGACUUAUCUAACUUAUUUAAAUACCUGGGUUUGUUACCGCUGCAGUGCCAAAUGGAAUUUGAUGCUGUGCAGUCUUUCUCUGCACUUCCGCCAUUGUAGCACACGCUCAUUUCUGUUUCCUGCACUUGGUUUGGACAUCUUUAGUUUGGCGUUUUUAAACCAUUAGCAGUUAUCGCUCCGUAAUGCAGCGUGGGAGUGACAUUAUCUCCUGAUCUCAAGCGCCACCUUCCCGAAAUGGGACACUUCGUCAUGUGUCUGUUUAAUCGGUGACUUUUACCCAGGGAAAGAAUGGCUAAAUGUCACCUUCUUUGGACCCAGAAGGUGACAAGCUUGAUGUCGUGGCUGUUUCAAGUGUGUGCCCUGACAGAAAGAUAUUUGGCUUGUGGGUGAUUCUUGCUGAAAAUACAGCACCGGUAUCUUUAAAUCAGUAAACCUGAGUGGGAUUAGGAAUCAUAUCAAUAACAAUCAUGCUUGCAAUUAGAGUUUGGAAUGUACAGUUCAGAUAGAUAUAUUUCAUAUAUCCUAUAAAGGUCAGCGCACAUAUCAGUGUUUUCACAGAUAUGUUGAUAUGUUUAUUGUUUCCAUUCUGUUUUAUUUCUGAUUUUCAAUAACAGGUAAUAUUGUUUUGUUUCUUGUGGGAGUGAUAUCUGUCACAUGUUUGAAAGUCCAUCAGGCGUAUUUUUUGUAUUUGUUCACAGGAAGAUACGUUAAAUUUGGGGGGAAAAAAAUAAGGUUUUACAUGCUCUCAAUGGGCUUGACAUAAAACAAUGAACCUUGACCAUGCUCUAAUAUCCGAAAACUUUACAGAGAUUAACUAGCUUUCUUUUAUCACUUUUGCUGCAUCUUUAGCUUCCUCAAAAAACCAGCGCUUCACUGAAUUUCCAUGUUUGUUUUUCAAAACAUUCAGAGAUCACCAAGAACUUAUUACAUUUAAUUUCUGAUAGGUGAUGUAGACCUGUUUGGUUUGGUCAAGCAUGGUGGUGUCUAUAACGAUGUUCUUAAAAUUCCAGCCUAAAUGUUUUUUUUCUUUCUCGCUAAAUUACUGGAACAUUUUACCCCUGAACUAUGGGGCUGCAUGGAAAAUGGCCACUGUUUAUUGGGAAGGAAUUUUACUUAACAGCACAUUCAAGGCUUGUUUUUAUCAAUUUUUAAUUUAAUAAAUGUGCUGUAAAUUCUACUUGUAGGUCAUCUCCCAACAUGCCAUUUGCAUAAAUCUUAAGCAAACCAUUGAUUUAACAUCUUUCCUUUAUUUGAUGAAGGCAAAAACUGGAAACAUUCACUAUGUGUAUGGGACAGACGUAUGCAAAUUGGGCCGUCUGAGAGCCCAUUGGUUCUAGGCAGAGAUCCACUGGUGCAGAUCAUAAAAGCAAUAAUGUUUAUUGCAGUGUAGAGAUUAUUGAAGAGCUGGAAGUCAUAAAACCGUAAUGGACAGUGUAUCUGAGACCAAACUAUUUCAGCUGACCCAUCUCUGCACAGUCAUUUGAAGGUUGUAAUUUAAUCUGACUAAAACGUGUUGGGGAUUUUAUGAUGUUUUCAUCGCAGUUUUAAGGCGGCACUUUUUUCUAAAAAUAUCAGUUUGAAGUAUGUUUAGAAAAUAUUUUUUUCCUUGUUCUCUGGAAUAUUGCUUUCAUUUUAAAACAAUAAUGCUGAUUAAUGACGCAUUGUUGGUUGAUUAUAAUUUUCUACAUUUUGUUAACAGAAGAAAGUUAUUGAAGUUAUAUGAAAGCUUAUUUUCAAAACUGCAUGGAGGUAAUCCAAGAAAAGCAUAUCUUUACAAAAAUGACAUUGUGUUUAUAAAAGAUAUGCUCAUAUUGUUUUGAUGUGAAAUUUUGCUGUAGCACAAUUUCUUGCAUAAUGUUUCAGAAUGAAAAUGUCCAUCAUGACUUCUUGAAACAACUUAGGGCUAAAAAAAAACGAAACAGUUAUUGUUAGUUUUUAUUCACUGUGUUGUACUUGUAUGCUGUUGUUGUUGUGUUAUUGUCUAACCAAAUCAGAGGAGAAAACAUAGAGAGUAGCUGCUGAUCGAGUUGUGGGCAUUAGAGACGGGAACUCUUGUAAUAUUGCAAUGAAAUGUGGGUUUUUCUAAUAAUUUGUUUUUGAUGGGACUUAACAUGCAAGACAAAAAUAUGAGACCUGGAUGCAGGUGGAGUAGCGGAAGCAAUUCAGCUUUUCACUUAAGUGAAAAAUUAAUGAAUUUUCUGCUACAAGUAUAUAUGCCUCGUCACAACAAAAAAGAAAAAAAACAUAAGUGAAAAGCAAAAAAAAAAAAAAAAAAAAACCAACAAGGGACAUUUUGGAACAGAACUUUAUGUGUUGUAUUUUUGGACAUAUCUGCAUGGAUUUAUGAUUGUUUUAGGAAUACAUUGAGAAAAAAUAUAUUUUGCAGUUAGAAGCUGUGGUAUUCCUGUUCCUGGCACUAGCAAUUUCCACGAUACUGCAAGUGUAGUCUAAACCUUAUUUUCACCAUAGACUCUAGACUAUUUUACAGUUUGUGCAAGGGUGUCCUUUUCCACAUCUAACAUCUUGAAUCGCAUUUUGACAUCCUCCCACACCAUUCAGGGGAAAGAGGAACAUUGUUCACUUUUGACCUCAAUGUGCUCUAUUUCAAGUUUAACAACAGCUGUCAAUUUCUGAUGCAGACAACAUCACCACCGAAAUUGCAGUUUCAAUAGUUGUUGAAAAAAAAUUGGAUACAGAAAUUUCAGCAAACUGUCAUGAUGUAAUGUGUUGCCAGUAAUGUGAAGAAAUUCCUCGUCUAUCUGUACAAGUGACAUUUUGAUGCACCAUAUUUUCAGUGGUUUUAGCUAGUAGGUAACACGAUGCCAGAACUUGUGUCCAAUUCUGUCAUUGCAAUACAAUUGUCUUCCUGUUCGUUCCCUCUAAUCAAAAAUAAAAUAAAAUGGAAACUCA